AUAUUAUAAUAAAUAAGAAGUUUAAAAACAUAUUUUAUAUUAAAACUGUGGUUUAAAAUAUAAAGCCGGUGGGUAAUAACACCUAGGCACCAACAAGAGCGCCGCUUGUAUCUACGAAAACAAUAUGAUUUCGAGUAUAUAAAGAUAAUCACAAGUGGAGACUUAGUUUGUUUAAUAUAACUAUUUACCAUAUAAACAAACUUCAUGUAAAAGAUAUCUAUUACUAUCUGAUCUAUUCGUGUAACUUUCAUAAAUAUUGGAAUAAAAAAUAAUAAAAGCUUGACUCUUCUCCAUGCACUGAAAAAUAGGAACUAGCGGACAUACGUAAAAGCAGACGGACUAAUCCACUAAUUACGUUAUUUUGACAUAACAUUGACAAAUUAAAUCUGCUCGUCUAGAUAAAUCGAAUCUGUAAUAAAAUUAGUCAACUUUCGGCGGAAACAUUUUGCAUGUUUACUCAUUCUGAUGUCACAUAUUUGAGCAACCACUUCGGAUAUAAGUGAAGCGACCAAAUCAAAAUGUCUGAAAAAGUACGCUCGUUAACUAUAACAAGCGGAAAUAUGCUUACUGCUGCAGCGACGACAAGUGCAUCCUCUGCUAAUAGCGCCGUGGGCGGUGGUUGUGCUUUAAUCGGAGCGCCCAUACUGAUAUCGAGCACUUUCAACAACACCAACACACAAACACUGACACCGACUGGCACAUCGGCGGCUGCAGCACAAGUUGGGAUGAUAACGACUACAACGAACAGUGGUGGCAACAAUACUGGCAUUGGCUAUUGCAUUGGAAACAGUGAUGGCGGUGGCGGUAGCAGUGAUACAGAAUCAACGACUGACUUCACUUCAGGCGCAAUUCUGGCUCAAUUAAAUUUUCAUUUGUUGCCGGAUGGUACAGGCGUCGCUGAUGGUACUAAUUCAAUUAUGAAUUCAUCACAAAUAUCUGCUGCAUCAAACGAUACGAUGCAACAGUCUACUAACAGUCCAUCAAUGGUUAAUCAAAUGCCAGCAAGUAUUGCUGCAGGCACCACUGGGCACAGCAAUAGCUCCAGUGAUACAAUAGCUAAAUCUACAGGUGCGAGCAAUGGUGGCAAGCAUUUGGUUGCGCAAACUAUAGCGGGGAAAUCUUGUCGUUUUCCAAAACUCGAAGAAUGUGCACACUUUCACUACGAGCGUGUACAACUGGGACCAUUAUCUGUCCGACUAGUGGACGAUAAAUCCGAGCUACUUAGCAGUAUUGCAUCCCAAUCGAUUGGUGGUGAUAUAGCUGGUAAUAACCAAAUGCUAAGUACUGGCACCAAUAAUGCUACAGGACAAAUAUAUUUUCGAUCGUUUUCAGCUUCUAGUUGUUGGUUUAUUAUAAAAGUUAUACCACAACGCUGUGAUCCAUUUUUAGUGAAGCGAUCAUUUGAUAAUAUGCAGAUGUUGGACGAAAUGUUGCAUCGCUGUGUUUAUGAUCGCAAAAUUAGUGGCUUGAAGAAUUUAAAAGAAUUGGAUUUUAAAAGCGAGGAAGAUGUUGAAUACGCUGUAGCAAAAUAUUUAGAAAGAUUUUCAAAAAUAGCAUCAGAUUCCUUGACUUGUGGUACCAUACUAACUUGGUUGCAAUUGGACAAUAAAGGACGUCGGUUGCCCUUGGCAGAUGGAGACACAAUGCGAAGCAUUAAUACUCCUGCAGUUGGCGCCGCAUAUGGUGUUCGUCGUUAUCAAGCGCAAGCAUCCGAUGAAAUCUCAAUUGAAGUUGGUGAUAUGAUUUCAGUUAUUGAUAUGCCCAGCCCUGCGGAAUCUAUUUGGUGGCGUGGCAAAAAAUCGCAUCUCCAAAAAUCACACUAUGAAGUUGGUUUCUUUCCGCAAGCAUGUGUUGCAACAAUUGGUGAUAAGGUUCCACGACACUUUCCAAUGCCUGCACCUUUAGUUGGUCAACUUGAUGUCUCACCAACUAAACCUGUACUACGUAAACAUGGUAAAUUAAUUGCAUUCUUUCGUUCAUUUAUACUUUCACGCCCGUCAAGACGCCGUUUGAAGCAAAGCGGCAUUUAUCGAGAGCGUGUAUUUUCUUGUGAUUUAUCAGAACAUCUUCUGAACAGUGGCCAAGAAAUACCAAUGGUUUUAAAAUGUUGUUCAGAGUUUAUAGAAGACUAUGGCAUUGUUGAUGGCAUAUAUCGAUUGUCUGGUAUCACGUCUAAUAUACAGAGACUUCGACGUGCCUUUGAUGAAGAACGCAUACCAGAUUUAGGUAAUCCAGAAAUGAAGCAAGAUAUUCAUGCUGUCAGUUCGCUAUUAAAAAUGUACUUUCGUGAAUUGCCAAAUCCACUAUGUACGUAUCAGCUUUACGAUAAUUUUGUUGAAGCAAUACAGGCGAAAAGUGAAUCAAAUGAGCGUUUAAGAUUAAUGAAAGAGACUGUACUAAAAUUACCACCACCACACUAUCGGACCUUAAAGUAUUUAUCAGAACAUUUAAAUAAAAUCUCACAACACGCAGCGCGUACAGGCAUGACUGAUAAAAACUUGGCAAUCGUAUGGGCGCCAAACUUACUUCGUUCUCCAGCAUUAGAAUCUGGUGGUGUCGCUGCUUUACGUGGUGUAGGCGUUCAAGCUGUUGUAACUGAGUACCUGAUACGCAAUUGUCAUCACAUUUUCGACGCAUUAGAAGACACCAAUGCUAGAUUAAGUUACAUAGCCACAGCAGGCGCUAUGGCAUCAAACGAGGUGCGUUUGGAUUCGCUGACAGACUGCGAAAGUUUAUUAGUAGAACAACGUGAACAUGAUCAGUCACUUACAUUUGCUGUUGAAAGGCCAAAAAGUCUUAGCGCAAGUGGACCAAAAUUAAUAAGUUUGGAAGAAGCACAAGAAAGACAUUCCAGAUUGGAUGGUUUUGACAUGAAACAAUCAAUGCCCAUUAAUAUGGUGUCAAGUAAUGCUGCAAACAUUGGAUCAUACAUAGAAGUUGGUGGUGGACCGUCAAGUCUACCAGAUAAAUAUCACACAGUUUUGUCUGUGCCACGCAGCUGGCAAAAAAGAAAGACUCACUCGUGGAAAUCACUUUUUACGCGCAAUCAACGCACAGUUGGGAACAAUGGAACACAUGACUUAAAAUCCACUACUAACGGCAGUAAUACUGACACUACGCCGCCACAUCACAAACAACCUUCGCAAGUGACAUUCGCCGAAUCGGAUGCCAUUGUUACUAACGCUGGAAAAGUAGGAAAAUCAUUGAUGAAGCAGGACAAACCGAAAUCAAUUGAAUUAUUUGACACUUCAAAUUGUACUGCAGAGUCUUGUAAACCUAUGGAAGUAUGCGUACGCUCGAAUUCAAUUGAUAGUUUACGAACAACGGGUCAUUCUCGUUCUGUUUCACAUGACUCUUAUUUUGAUUUAUUGCAAUCACCGCAACGCGGUCAUAUGACAACAUGUCCUUCACGUGAACUUUCUGAACUAGGACUUAAUUUUGAUCGUGAAGAGCCUGAAAUGCGUAUUUUCUCCGAAAGUGAAUCGCUUGUUAGCUCACCUCGUGUGGGUAAAGAGAAUAUACCACCCUCGUCAGGGGCAGCAUCACGACGUAUAAUGCGUGCACGUCCUGAAGAGUUCUCAAGUCAGACCAACAGUGUCAAUCCCAGUCCGAAAAAACAGCCACGUUUAAAUCUUCUUUUAUCACCAAGUGCGGCAGCAGCAAAUACACAAUACAAUUGGUCACAAACUAAUGCAGUAGAUGGUGGAAGUGCAGAUUCUUGUCAGGAACACACACAUCUUUCCAGUGACGAAAGCUGCUGCAAACGUUAUAAACUGGAAGAUCAGCUUUCAGAUAUACAAUAUAUAGACUGCAGCACACCAGAACACACCAUAGCCAAUCCACAGACAUUAUACACAAGCGUACAAGUGCAUGCGCCACCUAAAUCAACUGUUACACAUCACAACUCUAAAGACAGUGCACCAACAUUGCAAGAUACUACUAAAGAUGCCAAAGUUGCGCCAUCUGCAAAUACGCGUUAUAGCUAUCCGUCAGUACAGUUGGGUGCUAAACGUAAAGAGCAAGAGAGCGAAGCGAAUGUACAUAAAGAACGUUUCAGUUAUCCAGGUUCUAAUGUUAAUAGCGCGAAUGUGCAUUCAGUUUGUAGCAAGGAGCCUGCAAAAAUGCUAUUAGAGAAUGAAACCUUUAAUAGAAAGUCCUUCGAGACUACAAAUAAUGCGAGAACUGUCUCUUUUGUUGGCCCACAAUCGACCUUAUCUAAAUCAACUAAGCAACAGCAUAUGCCUAAAGUACUGCCCGAUCUCUUGCGACCAAAAAAUCGCAAUAGUUUUUGUGGAACUAAUGAGCAAUUGAACUUAUUACUCUUACGCAGUAAUUCAGCAGAUAUAUCCAAAGAUGCCAAAAUAGAUAUGGAACGAUCCAAGUUAUCGGUUACACCAUCAUCACCUGUGCGUAGUCCACGUUAUUCUUUACUGGUAGGAGAAACCAGUUCUGAAAAUAGCUCUGCCGUAAAUACACCGCAGUACGAUUUAGAUCCUUUAAUGGUUGAAUCAGCUAUGUCUGGUUUAUCAUGUAUAUCUGGCACAUCUUCCAAUCAACAGCAACAAUUUUUGCUGGGCGUUGAUGCCAGUAGCAGUUAUUUAGGAACAUCACAUGAAAGUUUGGGUAGUAAUUUAACAUCACAUUCGAAUAAUAUCAGCACAGAAAAACGAGAUAUGCAUGCUUUAAAAAGAGAACUUUCUUUGGAUUUAAAUCCUUUGAGUACAAAAAUGACAAUCGACCGUUUAGAUAAUGGUUCUGCACACACAAAUAAGCAAUUAUAUCAACAACAACCAUCACCAAAUAAUUCCAAUUUCACGGAUAAUACUAGUCAAUCUGUUACACCGAGUGAAUUCGGCUAUCAGCACUUACAACGCCAGUCGAGUAUGCAUUCACUUAUCGAAACAGAAGAAAGCUCACCAGUUUAUGAUGACUUUGAAAACACACCUAGUAAUGUUGUCUCGCCAUUAAGCGCAAAUAAAUUGCCAAGUCCUAUUAAAUCCACUAUAAGCAUCACAUUUAACAAGAAAGGUAAUUCCAAAGAAGAAAAACAAUUAGCACAAUUGCAUGAGAAACCACAACAACCUAAGCCAUUACUUGAAACAAGCUUCGAUGAACAUACCGUGUAUGUACAAGUCAAGCUAUUCCGAAAUUCGGUUACAGAAGUUAAUCAGCUGCUGGAUAAUGAUAAUCGUAAGAGCUCCAUAGCCUGUGAUCAACUAAAAGGCAUUGAAGAAACAAGUGAAUUAGAAGAUUUGUUGACACAAUCUAAUGGAAGAAAUCAAAAGUCACAUGAGAGCAUUGAUGAUAUUAAUUCAAAUGACGAAUAUGAUGAUAUUCAAAUGGGGGACGAAAUGAUUUUGAACAAUUCUGACUGUGAUGAUUUUAGUGAGGAAAAGUUACUUUAUGAAAAUGUGGAAUUACGAAAACCAAAAAGUAUAUAUGAAAAUAUUUUGGGUGAAGAUAUGAAAAUACCUUUAUUAGCCAGCCAAAACCUAGAGAAAGAAGAGUACGAUGAGGAAAGUAAUGUGGCUGAAAAUGGUGAAGCACAAAAACUCGUUGAAGUAAUGAAUAGUAAGAAAAACAAAAUUGCAGUCGAAACUAAUAACUUAAGAAACAGUGCUUCCAAAAGCUAUCAGCGAAAUUUGGAAGAAGCACAACAAAGUCAACAAACACAAUUGGUGGAGCAAGAAAAUACGGCACGUAAGUCGCCUUCUAAUUUUAGUGUCAAAGAACUUGCAACAAAAUUUGAAUGUUCUCCAGUUGAACAAUUGCCGGCAUUCGAUUUUAGUUUACGCUGCUCAAUGAAAAAGCCAACAAAUCAGUUAACACCAGAGACAAAGGUGGCCGCAAAAAUCGCUCAAGCAACCAAUUGUGAGCUAAUCGAAAAUAAUGUUACUACGUCCGUUGGUAUUGCUACUAAUGGCGGCAAUGUGCCUCCUAACAUUACCGUAAAACCAAAGUUAAAAAAAUCUGAACAAAUUACACGUUCAUUGGAUGAGAAUGCUUUUGUGCGUGAGUUUGGAACGAAACAUGUCCAUGAUAUGAGCGCUAAAAGUAUACAGCAAUUACCAGAACUGACUGAAGUUUGCAAUAGACGUAAAAGCUUUGACUUCACUCGCCCUAAAACACUAAAUCCUCCAAAACGUCUACCUGGCAUGCCCAUUACUGAGGAAACGUGCAUGUUUAAAUGCGACAAGACACCAAUGAAACUUGAAUUACACCAAUAUAAGGAGAAAAACUAUAAUCACACCGACAACAGUGAUAGUGCUGGAAACUCUAUUGAGAAUGACUAUGAAUCGUCUGAAUUAAAAAUCACACCCACAACUGAGAAUCGUAUAUCUCUUAUACAAAAUAACGUUGCUUUGCCAAAUUCUGCAGCGGACUUAAAUAAUUCAAACUUAAAUCUUUCCAACAGUAGUUUAAAAGUGCUUUCGGGUGUGAAACUUGAUCGAGAGCGUAUCGAUAAAAUAAAAGAGGAAAGACGACAACAAUUAACGCAAAAAUAUCGAACAGAAUCUUUUAAAUCAAAAUCGAAAAUAGAUUUGCAUACGACAACAAAAGACGAUGUCAAGUUUCAAGCCGAAUCAUUGCGUAUGAAAUCAAAAUCCCGCGGUGAUAUUCGCACACUGCAAAAAGAUUUAGACAAUCUUAAAGACUUUAGGCAUGUGGGAUCUGAGAGCACAUUGAACGCACCCAUUUAUACGCACAGAGUACGUAGUAUUUCCGAUGAGAAAAAUCAAAAUAGCGACGUCUCGUCCAUUGUUGGCCACACGGAGCUUAAUAACGCAAAUAAUUCCAAUAAUACAAUCACAAAAAACAGCAAGAAAAUACAUAACACAAACAAUCACAUUAAUGUGGCAAGUGAGAGUAAUAACGGUGGUGAUACAAAACUAUUAAGUGCUGGUGAUGGUAUUGAUGUAGAUGUGUAUCCCGCACGCACCAGUUUGCACAAAAUAGAUCGUAAGAAUAAUACCAAUUUUGGUAAUGUCAGUGGGGGUAAUGUGGUACGUGAGCGCAAGAACGAAACUGGAAAUAGUGCUAUAACAGCAGUAGCUGGUAGUGCCGGAUUACAGACAUCAACCAAUCGUCAUGUUAACUCAACAAGAGAAAAGAUUUCGCCGCAAUUUUCAAUUCGUGAUGUGACGGCCAUGUUUGAAUCUCGUUCUCAAAAUCAAUAAUCAAAACAUUUAUUCUUAUAUAUUAGAUAAUUACAAUAGUUUUUUAUACUUUUUUUAUUCGAGUAACAUAACAUAUAUACAUAAAAUCUAACUAAUUGACACCAACAAGGAACAAUAAUGCAAUAUUUUAUAAACUUAAUAUUAAAUUAUAAAAAUAAUAUAU